AUGGGAUUUCUCUCCACUAUGGAGUAUGUGGCAGCCCCAAGCCCCAGGCCAGGUGUCCCACUUCAAGUCACAGAGAAUGUUGUUCCAGGAACUGAGGAUUGGCUACCAAGAGUUUCUGGACAGCCCACCUGGGCUACAGGCCUGGAGGGAGAGUAUCAGACAGAUCCAGAGCCCAGUGAGAAGCAGCGGUUGCAGAUUUCCAAGGAGCUAGUUGACCUUCAGAUUGCAACCCACCGCCUUCGUGAACAGCAUGAAGCUGAAGUCUUCGAGCUGAAGAGGGAAGUUCUUAGACUGGAAAGUCGGGUGCUAGAGCUAGAACUGCAUGGAAAUGGUGACUGCCGGGGACAUGGAGUCCAACCAGCAGCCAAUCCGGGGCAACACAAGGUGCCACCACCAGAGCCAGCUUUUGUUCACCAGCAGAAGCUGCAGGGAGAAUUGAACUGGGUCCUGGAGCAUCACAGAGUCAGACAGCAGGCACUGGAGACACGAGUGGCAGUCCUAGGCCGGCAGUUGCAGAGAGCCCAAGAGGAAGCCAGGGCAGCCGGUCAGCGGCUGGCUGCCCAAGCAAUGGUGCUGUCGACCUGUCAGGAUCAGCUCCGGCAGGCUGAAGCUGAGAAUGCUCAGCUACAAUUGCAGCUGAAGAAGUUGAAUGAGGAGUAUGCUGUCCGGCUGCAGCGCUAUGCCAAAGAGACAGUGGAGACUGCCAACAGUACAGAUCAGGCAGCCCUUCAGACGUUCCUGGAGGCCACUCUGCAGGACAUUCGGGCCGCACACCGGAGCCGAGAACAACAGCUGGCCCAAGCGGCCCGGACCUACCGCAAGCGCCUGGUGGAUCUGAGCCGGAGGCAGGAGCUGCUGCUAUCUACCUGCAGGUCUACUUUUGCAACAGCCAUCGACCUGGAGCCAUUAUCCAUGCAUUGGGCCACUGAACUCAGCCACCAAAGGGAGGAUGAGUAUGGCCGAUAUAGGACACUGCUACUGUGCCCUGAGAAAGGAUCUGGUGCAACUUCCAAGGAAGGCAGGUCACAGCCACUGGCCCGCGAUACUACAUCCUGGUCCCAAAUCCAGCAGAAGUUGCGGGACUUCUCCCAGGAUACCCAGGUAGAGCUUGAACGAGAGCGGGCACAGCUGAUGGUCCGGGCCACCAUGGCGGAACAGCAGCUUUCUGAGCUACAGGAGUAUGUGGACCAGCACUUGGGCAGGUACAAGCAGGAAAUCCAGAGACUGAGGAAGCUGGUGAAGACAGGAGAUCCCCAGGGAGUAGAAGCUAUACCUUCCUCUAGGCCCCGGCGCCCAAGGACCCGGAGUCACUAGCUAGCUAGUCUCCCAGA